AUGAAUACAUAUAUGAGAAUUUUCAUUGAACAACGCGAUGGCAGUCUCAACAACGAAGAAGCCCUACUUCGGGUUAACAGGGGGAUGGCUUACCUUCUGGAUUACGGUAUCGUGAUUUCUGGCGAUGUUCUGUGCAUUCAAUUGACCCAUGUCUUGCUUCAGGUGGCAUGCGCGACUGAUAUGUCCCUAUUUGGCUACGACCAAGGAGUGUUCAGUGGCGUCGUGAUCACCCAGGAUUUCCUCGAAAUCCACGACCUAGUCGGACCCACGAAAACGACCACUCUAUCUACGGUGACUGCGAUAUAUGAUGUUGGCUGUUUCUUUGGGGCUAUCGUUGCCUUCACCAUCGGCGAACGUCUAGGUCGAAAGAAAGCUAUCCUGCUGGGAACUACGAUCAUGGCGCUGGGGGCAAUUCUCCAGGCGAGUUCCUUUAGUUUGGCUCAGAUGUUUGUGGGUCGUAUCAUCUUAGGUCUGGGAAAUGGCAUCAAUACUGCUACAGCCCCAAUUUGGCAGACCGAAACAUCCCAAACGAAAUGGCGUGGAAAAUUGGUCAUCCUGGGGAUGAUGAUGAACAUCGCCGGCUUCUGUCUCGUCAACUGGAUCAACUACGGGUUAUCAUUUGCAGGUGGUUCCGUGGCCUGGCGAUUCCCACUCGCAUUCCAAUUCAUGUUCCUGUUCAUUCUCUGGGGUACAACGCCCUGGUUACCAGAGUCCCCUCGGUGGCUCCUCGCCCACGGCAAAGAAGAAGAAGCAAUGGAAGUCCUUAGCUGUCUCGAAGCAAAACCAAUCGACGACCCGAUAGUCGUAACCCAACGCAACGAAAUCGCAUUCAGCAUCCAAUACGAGCGCCAGAAUGCCGUGCGCUGGCGCGAUCUCCUGAAGAAAGACAAGAAAAAUGACACCAAGACACUGCGCAGAAUCUGUCUCGGCGUGGGAUCGCAGUUCAUGCAGCAGUUUGGCGGUAUCAAUAUCAUGUCGUAUUACAUGCCCACCGUGCUGACCAAGUCGGUGGGGUUGGAGGAGAAGAUGGCUCGUCUGCUGUCUGCUUGUAAUGCAGUCUCGUACCUGGUUUUCUCGGGUAUGGCAGUCUUGCUGAUUGAGCGUAUGGGCCGACGUGGUUUGAUGCUUCUCUCGACAUUUGCGCAGUUCCUCUGCUUCCUGAUUAUCACCGUGUUGCUCAGCUAUUCCGAGACUAGUCCCGAUGGCGCGGGCACGGUAUAUGGCGAGGCUUCGAUUGCAUUUUUCUUCCUUUAUUACGGGGCUUUCGGAAUUGGCAUGCUGGGUGUGCCAUGGUUGUAUCCCACGGAGAUUAACUCUCUGCCUAUGCGGACAAAGGGUGCUGCGGCUGCGACUGCGACUGACUGGAUUACGAACUUCAUCGUCGUGGAGAUCACGCCGAUCGGAAUCCAGAGCAUUGGGUGGAAAUUUUGGAUUGUAUGGACGGUGACCAAUGCGGUUUUCCUCCCUGUUCUUUAUUUCUUCUAUCCGGAGACUGCAAAUCGGAGUCUCGAAGAUCUCGAUGCUUAUUAUCGCACCAACCCAUCGUUGAUCGUCGUCAGAGACCCAGAUGCGAUCUGUCGGAAGCGACCACAGAAAUAUGUGGAGCGGGAAGAUGAAGAGUUUGAGAAAACAGCUGUCAGUAAGGGUAUACCUGUCGAGGCAGACCAUAUUGAAGGGACCGAGGGAGAGAAGAAGUGA